UGCCCUCAAAGCUUGUGCUGUUAAUUUAGACAACGUUGCACUAAUUGCCUUCCCUGAAAUCAGCGGUAACGGAACAGAGGUAUUCUAUAAUUCUCUACAAUCAAUAAUACUGGACAUACUACGUGAGGAAAUGACGUGCAGUAAUAUCGAGAUUACACAGGCUGUUGUAGCUAAACUCAAGGCAAUGGCAUCAACAUGGCGUCCGGGCAAGCAAUGUCUUGCAUAUAACAUUGGUACAUUAAUGUACACAACGUCUGGGAGGAGUUUUAGUUCGGUUGGCUAUGUUGAAAUAAAUGGAAACGUUGUAGUAACGGCGGAUAUAUUUCCGAACUCGAAAUUUGGAUACAACAAGCGUCAUUUCAAGAUUUCAACCUUACCGUAUUCUCCGUUUAUCAUCAAGAAAAUUAGAAAUGGAACACACUAUUAUACUGGACUUUGCAUGGAUCUUUUAACAGAACUUUCAAACAAACUAAACUUCACGUGA